UAUACCUAUGCAAUAAAUAGUUUUCUCUAUCUAUGAUCAUAUGUGGCGACGCAUUCAUCAUUGUUGAUUGCAAAAUAAUUCCAAUCACAGGAAUGCACAGCACAUACGAACAAGUGACGUCUGAAGCUGCCAUGCCGCAUACAAAUGAAGGUGAGACUUCACCACAGCGCGUGGCCUCUCACUUCGACGUUGUAGUGAAAGAACGCGUAGGCCUCGCCACUUCAAAUGUGCACUGAAUCGAGCCAAAGCACACACCCAAUACUGAUUUGCUGAUGAAACAUUAAUUUCAAGAAUCGCCAGGGCUACUGAUACAGUUCUCAAGCACCCAAGAUGACCGCCUUUCCGACACGUCUAGUACCGUCAGAUGAUGACAUCCAAGACCGCGUGUUCCACUUCCGGUACAGCUGCGCUAAGGACAUGUACGAGCGGGUGUCGUCUGCUUCCACACGGAGGAACACUGGUUGGCGGAACCUGACAUUUGGAGAGCCCCGGAUGUACCGUCACGAGGACGCAGAUUCUAUGUGCGCGUUUCUUGCACGGCAGGAGGACCAGGACACUUCGUCCAUUGCAUGGAAGAUCGACAUGGAAGGAACCGGUGUCCAUGGCAAAAGUCUUGAUUUUCGAGCUGAGAGUCACGCCACAGGAGAAGCCAAAGUCAUCUGGAAGAUCGUCUGCGGUGACAAUUCACAGACAAUAGACGCUGCCGACUUGCGGUCAAUGGUCACCGUGGACGUCCUGGGGUACAGCAGUAUCACCAUCGUAGCUGAGAUUCACGGGGGCGCAUGGAAGGACGCGCACCUGUUCAAGCAGUCACUUGUUGAUACUGAUACGUAUCCCUUUGAAGCCAAACUGCAUAUGAAAUCCGCAUAUACCAUGGUGUAUCGUCUUACCACCCUCGAGAAGCAGAUGCAACUUUUCCAGCUCCGCUACUUCUGUGAUAGCGACGCCUACCACCGGAAGUCGUCUGGUACCAACAUAGAGGGCCUGCUGAAUGGACUCUUCCAGAGCGAGGGGGCACAGCGGGAGGUGGAUGAGGGGAUGGUGUAUUGGGCCCGAGAGGAGGGCCGAGAUGAGGCGGUCUACAGGUGGAAGAUUGAUCUAACAGACUCGGGGAUGUGUGUACAGAAGAUGGCUUUGAUGGCUAAAUGCAAAAAGUAUAAAGAUGCUCAAGUGAUCUGGAAAAUCUAUGCUGAUGACAAAUCAGUUACACACCAAGGUGAAUAUCUGUACAAAACCCGCUCCAUCAACAUGAAGAGAAGCAGGGUGAUCGUCCUGGAAGCCACGGUCAGUGGGGGGUCCGGCCCAACUGCCUGGAGGCAGGCCCAGCUGUUUCGGCAGAAGAUUGGCACCAAGCAACAUGUGUUUGACUGCAAGCUGUACUUGUUGGAAGAUAAGGAAGACAAAGAAGAGUGACAGUACAGCAGCCAUCACAUGAAGGCUCAAGUGCAGUCAGGAUUAGAAAAUUAAAAGAAUUGGUUCUCAGGCAAUGACUUUUGAAAAUAUAGUGCGGGUGGCUGGUGGCUUUUGUUGUUUUGUUGUUCAAACUAGUAUGUAACCAAAUAAACAGUUGUGUACCAUCAACCUGAAAAAGGGCCUUCCUACAUAAACAAGCAUACAAUCUAUUGCCGCCAUGACCAUAAGUCAAGAUUAAAGGGAAAUAACUGUGUGUAAUAUUGUUUUUAAGUGUUGGGAUUUUAAUUUUUUUUUAAAAACAGAAAUAAAAACGAUACGUGUGGCAGACUUUAUGAUGAUGUAGGCGGUGCCUGAGAACCAAGACUAUUAUUUUUUUUUAGCCUUAUCUAUUUUCUAAAUAGGUUGUACCCAUGUGGGGAAUCGAACGCAGACCUUCACUAGGCGAGCGAGCACUUUAACCCCUAUCAGCUGAUGAGAUGUGAUGGACCUGUUAUUCUAUAUAAUACAUCCAUGUAUUUUCUUGCACAGCAUUCAUGAUCUUACUUUGAAAGCCAUAGCGUCAAUGAAGAAGACUGCAAGAUGUUCCAUCAUGAAGAGUUCUUUCACUCAAGUUACAAUUAUGGGGGCCAAUUUGUGGGGGGGCCCCAGACUGGCGAUCUGUGUCACACUUUUCUUUGAUUUUAUUGAUGUCAUCUCAAAGCACAUGCUCUGGAGCCGUAAGUCAAUUUUAUGUGGAGAUUUUGGAGUUAGAUCGAAGAAAAUCAACCAUGACAUACCAAACUUUAUCUUAUUUUUACAAGAAUAGAAAUGUCAGUUAAAUGUAACAGCAGUCUACAAUUGUUCUGAAUUUAAUGAUUCCAAUAGCCAUGCUCCUUGCUUCCAGAACUCACUAUGUAAUGUUCUUGCAUUCAUUCUCACAGGACACAAUAUUAACCAUCCGGCUUCUGUGAAUGGAGUUUCACUGUAUCUGCUGAUGCUUGUUAGAUGAUUCCCUACGCGAUCGCAUGUCUCUAUAUUGACUGAAGUAAACUAAACAGGAUUAAAUACACAUCUCACAACUCAACAAAAGUCAAGAUUGACUACAGCAGGAGAUGUCAAGGAUCCCCCGUUAUUUCAAACACUGAAAUAAAACAGCACGUGUAUGGA